UAACAUUGUUCAGCUGCCAAAAGAAAUAGGGAAAUUGACUCAUCUAAGGCUUUUAGAUUUAGAUAAUUGUCCAAGCCUUGAAGUGAUUCCGCCAGAUGUCCUGUCAUGCUUGACCCGAUUAGAGGACUUGUAUAUGGGACAGAGUUUCGUGCAAUGGGUAGGUGAAGAAAAUGAUGGUCAAAGAGAAAAUGCUAGCCUGGCUGAAUUGAAGCUUUUAACAAACCUAAUCAAUGUGGACAUACAUAUCGUUGAUGAAAAGAUCCUCCCAAGAGAUUUGUUCUUUGAAAAGCUGGAAAGAUUUAAAAUAGUUAUCGGAGACAUUUGGGAUUGGUCAUGUAGAGAUGAAACUUCAAGAAUGCUGAAACUCAAGCUCAACACAAGCUUUCAAUUGGAGAGCAUGAAACCCCUCCUGAUGAGAACUGAAGAUUUAUAUUUGGAUGACUUGAAAGGUGUAAAAAAUGUCCUCUGUGAAUUAAAUGGGCAAGGUUUUCCUGAGUUAAAACAUCUGCGAAUCCAAAAUAGCCCCGAAAUUCAAUAUAUCAUCGACUCAAUUAGGCUGGGACCUCAGGUUUUUUUUCCAAUAUUGGAAUCAUUGUUCCUUGACCAUCUAAUUAACUUGGAGAAGAUAUGUUAUGGCGCAAUUGAGGCCAAAUCUUUUAGCAGCUUAAGAAAGUUAAACGUGAAACACUGUGAUAGUUUGAAACAUCUCUUUUCAUUUUCUGUGGCUACGGGCCUUGCACGACUAGAAGAACUCAAUGUGAGCCAUUGCAAACUUAUGGAAGGGAUUGCUGCGGAGGAAACUGGAGAUGAUUCUGGCAAUGCUGUAGUCAUUGAGUUGACUCAAUUACGCACAUUAAGACUAGAAUAUCUACCUAAGUUCACAAGCUUUAUUUCUCAAUUCCAGGUUCCUUUUAGCGCAGGAUCUGAAGAAAUUGCAUCUGUGGAUCAUGAACCUGAAACUAUCGUGCCAAUUUUCAAUAGAAAGAUCACAUUCCCCAAUUUGGCAGAGCUGAAACUCUCUUCAUUAAGUUUGGAGAAGAUAUGGUGCAGCCAACUUAUACAACUAUCGCCGUGUUUAACAAUCUUGGAGGUUGAUGGAUGUGAUAAUUUAAGCUGUGUAUUUCCAUCUUCUUUGGUUGAAAGUCUUGCACAACUCAAAAGGCUAGAGAUAAGCAAUUGCAAGUCAAUGGAGGAAAUCAUAGCCACACAAAAAUUAGGAGAAGAAACAAUGAUCAAGAUUCCAUUUCCAAAACUACACUUGCUAAAGCUCAGUGGUCUUCCAAAACUGACAAGUUUCUUCUGUGGUAACUUAAUUGAAUUCCCCUCUUUGGAAGUUCUGAUGAUAGUUUAUUGUUCCCAAUUGAGGACAUUUGUUUCCAGUCCUGAAAGUACACAUGUGGCAUCUAGCAGUGAAUCUGGACAAGCAGACUCAAUUCUUUUUGACGAAAAGGUUGCAUUCCCUAACUUGGAGAAGUUGCUUAUUCGGUUCUUGCCUAAGUUGAAAAUGAUAUGGCAUAAUCAUAUCCAAGCAAAUUCAUUCUGCAAGUUAGAAUUACUGGAGGUAGUAGUUUGCGAAGAGUUAUUGCAAAUUUUUCCCUCGAACAUUCUGAGAGGAUUCCAGAAUUUAGAACAUCUAUUUGUAGUGAAUUGUGGUUCACUAGAAGUGGUGUUUGAUCUUCAAAUGUCAGGAAAUGUAAAAGAGAAGCAUAUUGCGGCAGCAGCCACUAAAUUGAGAAUUUUGAAAUUAAUGAGUCUUCCAACCAUGAAGCACGUAUGGAAUGAGGACCCUCGAAAAAAUCUUUUGUUUGCUAACCUAAGUUCGGUAGAGGUUUCCAGAUGUCCAUGUCUGAAUAGUCUAUUCCCAUCUUCAGUGGCAAGAAAUCUUCCACGGCUUGAAGAGCUUAGUGUUACUGAUUGUGGGUUGGAGGAAAUUGUUUCAAAGGAGGAAGGGUUAGAAGCAACUCCUAAGUUUGUGUUUCAUCAACUGAAGUCCUUGAACCUUUGGCGGUUACAAAAAUUGAAGAGUUUCUACCCUGGAAUACAUGCUUUAGAAUGUCCCAUUCUGAAGUGCUUGGGUGUGGGUCACUGUGACAAUUUUAAGAUUUUUGCUUCUCAAUUUCAGGAGUUGCAAGAAACACAAGUGGAGAUCCAACUUCAAAGUCAAGUUCAACCUUUAAGAAAGGUUAUUUCCAACUUGGAGGAAUUAGAAUUAAGCAGCAAGGAGAUCACAAUGAUAUGGCAAGGCCAGUUUGCAGACCUGUUUCACAAAGUAAAAGUUCUUGGCCUAUACUGCUUUCAUGAUGCUUCAAUAGAUUUCCCGUUCUAUCUCCUUGAAAAAUUCCCAAAUAUGGAACAACUUAAUGUGGUAUGCUCCCAUUUUAAAGAGCUAUUCCCAGACGGUGUUGUUGGUGAGAUGCAUGCAAUGGCUCUUGUGCAGUUACGAUACUUAAGAUUGGAUGACUUUCCCAAUAUGAAGCAUAUAUGGCACCCUGAAUCUCGACAGGUCCAAGUUCUUGAAAAUCUUGAAGACCUGGAAAUAUGGAAUUGCAACAGUUUGGUUACCUUGGCACCUCAUUCUGUAUCUUUUCAAAAUCUUACAACACUAGAUGUGUGGCGGUGUGAAAAAUUGGAAAACAUAAUAACAUCCUCCAUAGCUAAAGGGAUGGCGAAUCUCACCAAAAUGAGUGUAAGAGAAUGCAGCAAGGUAACAGAAAUUCUAGUGAGUGGUGGAGAUGAAGAUCAUCAAAGUGAGGUUAUUUUCAGUAAAUUGAAAAUUAUAAGGCUUCACUCUUUAGAAAGCCUCACCAGCUUCUGCUCAAUGGCAAGUUGCACCAUCAAAUUCCCAUCUUUGAAAGAAGUGGAUAUGGUACAUUGUCCGGAGAUGAGUGUUUUUGCACAGGGAGUUGUUAGCGCACCAAGGCUACCAACAGCAAUUCCAUUGGGAGAACGAGGUAGAAUGAUCUGGAAGAAGGACAUUAACAACACCAUAAAUCACUUGCAUAAAGAAAGGAAUGCUCGGCUUUCUGGACAAGAAUGAUGCUCUAUAUUGGCGCUUCAAGAAGCAGAGGUGAGGUGCAAUUUGGUUGUUUCAUGUUUUGUCUGAACUUGCAUUCAUUGAGUUUUAUUAAUACAUAGUGAUGAAGUUUCCAUUCCCAUUAUCCUUUGAAGUAGCUAUUUUCCACACUGCUACUCAGGGGACUCAUGGCAAUGGCAGUACUCCCACUGGGUCUUUUGAUGCUUGUUUAAUCUAUUUGUAAAUAAAGUUAUUGUUUUCUCUUGCAAGUAACAUGAUCAGAUAAGAACUGUUGUCUGUUGAUUGAA